GAAGGAUAAUUUCCGGGCACCUACCGUUAUAAUCAUUACAAGCGUCGGAGCUCCGAUCAAAUACAGCAAUCAUAGAGUUUUGGUAAAGCAUUACCAGCUAUCCGAAUCUUUACCUGCUCUAUUCUUACUACUGUGCUUCCUGCUAUGGCUGUUGCUUCGGCCACAGAGCGCAUAGACGUGUUCUGGCACGAGGGCAUGCUGAAACACGAUACUGGGAAGGGCGUGUUCGAUACAGGAUUGGACCCGGGUUUCUUAGAUGUGUUAGAAAUGCACCCAGAGAAUGCAAACAGAAUCAAGAACAUGGUUUCCAUCCUUAAGAGAGGACCCAUUUCUCCAUAUAUUUCUUGGCAUCUUGGCAGACCAGCUCAACUUUCCGAAUUGCUUUCUUUCCACACCCCAGAGUACAUAAAUGAACUAGUCAAAGCAGACAAAGAAGGGGGGAAGAUGAUAUGUUGUGGGACUUUCUUAAGUCCCGGUUCAUGGAAUGCUUCUCUUCUUGCUGCUGGUACUACAUUAUCAGCAAUGAAGCAUAUUCUUGAUGGGCAUGGAAAACUUGCUUAUGCUUUAGUUAGACCUCCAGGUCAUCAUGCUCAACCAACACAAGCAGAUGGAUAUUGUUUCCUUAACAAUGCAGGUCUUGCUAUUCAAUUGGCCUUAGAUUCAGGGUGCCAAAAAGUUGCAGUUGUUGACAUAGAUGUUCAUUAUGGCAAUGGAACUGCUGAGGGGUUCUAUCAGUCUGAUAGGGUACUUACAAUGUCCCUGCAUAUGAAUCAUGGUUCAUGGGGUCCAUCUCAUCCACAAAAUGGAUCUGUUGAUGAGCUUGGUGAAAGAGAUGGUUUUGGCUAUAAUUUGAAUAUACCUCUUCCCAAUGGGACGGGUGACAAGGGAUAUGAGUAUGCCAUGUCUGAAUUGGUUAUGCCAGCAAUAAACAAGUUUAAACCUGAUAUGCUGGUUAUGGUUGUUGGUCAAGAUUCAAGUGCUUUUGAUCCAAAUGGAAGGCAAUGCUUGACGCUGGAUGGAUAUAGAGCGAUAGGGCGGAUGGUUCGUAGUCUGGCAAAUGCACACUGCGGUGGACGUCUUCUUAUUGUCCAAGAAGGUGGAUAUCACAUUACUUACUCAGCUUAUUGUCUUCAUGCAACCCUUGAAGGUGUGCUCAGCCUUCCACAGCCUCUUUUAUCUGAUCCCAUUGCAUAUUAUCCAGAGGACGAGGCUUUUGCCAUGAAAGUUGUUGAAUCCAUCCAAAAAUUCCAGAAAGAGUCCGUUCCAUUUUUAAAGGAAGCUUGAUUUGUAGCCAUUAACUGGAGGUCUGUGAUGAUGCUACAUCAAUUCAUUGCCAGACAUGCAUACUGACAAAUAUACGCGAUUUUCAAUAAUUUGUUGCCUUGUCUAGCCAGUAGCCAUACCCUUGCAUUGAUUGUUGGUACUUUUGCAAUUGGUACUUGUUGAACUCAUAUCUCAGGUUCACCUUAAUGCAGAAAGAUGAAUGAUAGGUGUUCAAGACUAUUAUAGCUUCUUAGGAACAUAAUGCUGGAACUGAAAUUUCCCAGGUCAAUGUGAAUGUAAGGGCGAAAGUUUAAUGAGCUGCUAUAAAAUGUGAAACUUUUAACUGUGUAGUA